AUGGGUUGCGGAAAUUCGAGACCCAGCUACGAAAAAGCUCGUCAAAGGAAGUGGGGAAAAUGGGUUGCGGAAAUUCGAGACCCAGCUACGAAAAAGCGUGCCUGGCUAGGUACAUUUGGCAACAAAGAGGAGGCAGCUGCAGCAUACAGGCGGAAAGCUCUGGAGUUGUUCGAUCAUCAGCCUUCAACUUCGACAAAACUUACCGCUACUAACACUCCAUUAUUUUCUGUGCCCCUUCACACACUUUUCUCCAGAAAGGAUGAUAUGGUAUGCCAAGUUGGGACAGCCUAUAUGUGCAAUGAACUGCAGGAAGCGCAACCCGGGCACCACCAGCAUAUCCCAUUGGAGGAGGUGCUGCAUCUUGCGGAGCCUGUAAAUGGCCAGAGCUCUUUGUCGCCCGCUGCCACCAACACACAUUUGGAGGAGAGUGUAACGCUGAAUGAAAAGCUGGAGAACAUAGAACCUGGGGUUGGUAACUUGAUGAUAGAAGAUAUUUGGGAAGUACUUCAGAUGUUGGUGGAAGAAAAAGACGGUGAAGAGCUAGAUUUCGAGGAGUAUGUGAAGGAGUUAGAUGCAAAGUCCUUCUUCCCUUCUAGAUUUUGA